AUGGAAUCAGAGUUGAGCGAUGAGGUUUCAAGGGCUUCGAGCUCACAGGGUAAUCAUAUGGCAAGAACACAAAAAAGAUGGGAUGAUAUACCUUCGGAACUAGCCACGCCCGCUGAUGAGCGCGACGUAGAGAGGUUUGGUACUGAUUCUGUACACCAGCCCGUGGACCCGCGGUACUACAUGUCACCAGGACAGCUGUACUCCACUGAUUCGGGAUCUUUGUUCCAUGCGGGGAAAAUACUGAUUGCGCUCGUUGGCUUACCUGCUACGUCCAAGACACUGUUGGCGGUGGCUAUCACCAGGUAUACGAGGUGGCUAGGGGUGAGGACCAAAUCGUUCCAUGUUUCUGAGUACAGGAACAAGACGGAGGAUGGGGUGGACUCUUCUUGCUCGAGCACUGGGUUGGAGUUUGAAAGGAAGUGCGUUCACCUCGCUGUUGAUGACAUGAAGAAGUUCUUUCAGGAAAGCAGGGGCCAAAUUGCCACGUACGACGCGCUAAACAUCCAGAAGAAGGACAGGCAGGAGCUGGUCAGGAUUUUUCGGGACCAGGAUGUCAAAGUUCUGUUUAUCGAGUCUAUAAUGACGGACCAAGGGUUGAUUGACGAUAACAUACAGGUUGCUUUGAAUUCUAAGAAAUACAUUAACUGGGAUAAACAGAGGGCCAUAGAUGAUUACACGACGAAACUGUCCGUUAACGAAAGUGUCUACGAGCAAAUGACCCCGGAGGAAAACCUGGUCUAUUUGAAGUUCGUCAAUUUUGGGGAGAAGAUAGUCAUCAAUGACAACCAGUACGGUUACUUGGUAAACAAGAUAGUUUUCUUCCUGAUGAACUUGAAGUCGAAAAAAAGUCGCGUGUACUUGGCGAGAUGCGGUACUAGUAACUCCGAUAAAUAUAUCGAUGACGAGUUACUGAACGAGGAAGGUAUUGCGUACUCAAAGAAAAUCACGGACAUAAUCAUAAAUAGAAUCAGGGACAGGAGGGGCUGUACGGAGGGCGAGUUUGACCCCAAGAAAGUGAUGGUUUGGGCUGGGCCAAGGAAGAGAACGUAUGACACAGGUAUGUUUUUCCAGCAGCGAGGAGUGUUUGUAGUCGGCCGGUCCCAACUGAAACAAUUACAUCCAGGUGCAAUUGCAGACCUUACAGAGGAACAAGUAAAGAAAAGGUAUCCGAAGGAGUACCAUGACUCGUUGAAGGAUCUCUACCACUUUAGAUUCCCUCGCGCUGAGUCGUACCAUGACCUGGCAGUGCGGAUGGAGUCGUUGCUAAUGGAGUUGGAGCACACCGACAAGGACGUGGUCAUUAUUGCACACGAGUCUGUGCUGAGAGUUCUGUACGGCUACUUACUAGCCUGCACGGUGCCGGACGUCCCUAAGUUGGAGUUCACGCGUGGUGAGAUAACCGAGGUGACAUUCGGACCCUUUUGCAACACAGUGGAGAGGAUCCCAGUACCCUUGGACCAUAAAUAG